AUGGAGUCUGUACGCCAGUCAUGUCGGCCAAAACACCAGGUCCUGACAUUGAAAUGCUAUCCCCGGUACCAGAAAGGCGUGGCGGAGGUAAGGCCGAAUCCAAGCGAACUCUCGUACCUGCUAUAUUAUGCGAGUACCCGUCGCAGUAAGCUCACCAAAGUCGGCGGCUUUCUCGAGAAGAAAGUGGCCAAGGAUGUUUGGCGGCGCAGAUUGGGCAACGUGCAGGUCGCGCUCCAUAUUCUCACCGCGCUCAUCGAAAAAGUCCCACGCGACCUCCCCAUUUAUGCCCUUUACGUUUUGACAGUCAUCGAAACGGUUUUGCGAUCAAACGAGGUGUCCAUGGUAGAAGAUUCAAUCGCAACUUUCGAGACUUUCUGCCGACACCAGGAAAUCGCGACCAUCGCGGCUGAACAGGGAAUCGCCCAGAAAUACCGAGAAGUCGUCCGGCUCUAUGCCAGUUUCGCGGACCCAUCCUCCGAGUCAUAUUCACCUACGAAGGUCAGCCCUCCGGUAGCGAUUCGGUGGAGAAAUGCUGGUCUCCGCGCCAUCAAAAGCGUGGUAAGCUCCGAUGGCCUCUCCGCCGACGGAGGAACAUCCUUGAAGAUCAUUCUACCUGUUAUUCUAGAAAAUCUCUACUCAAAGGACGAGGAUGUUCUAAUUCCAUUGAGGGCUAAGCUCCAGGAUACCAAGGAUGGCGAUAACGAUCCAGCUCGACCCAGACGGAUGAGUGUGACAACGGUAAACACAGUGGACACAGUAGAAGCCGACCCAGCACUUGCAGCAGGAACAGCUGCGGAUGUUGACCGUAAAGCGGAGAUGGAUGCCCGUUUCCUUGCUCUACGCUGUCUCGAGCAGAUCAUUGUUUCUGGAAGUAACCGCGGACAAAUGCGGAUUGCGGCAUCUAUAAUCCUGAAGUUCAUCUCGAAGAAGCAGUUCCCUCGGUCUAGUACACGGGAUCAGUCAGUUGGGGAAGGGCGCGGUGGAAACUGGGCUACUUCUCUGAUUGAGCUAGUUGCAAAUUGGUGUCCUGUCCAGAUCCGGUUUGUGAUCUUGAUGACAGCCAUGGAUAUUUUGUUGGAUACCAGCCCGAAAGAAAAGGACCUGGACUCGGCAUUCACCAUACUAUCUGUGGUGGACUGGCUUUUGAAAUCUUCAGUUAACAUGAUUGGCUUGAGCGUUAUGGAUAUUUUGCAUGGUCUCAUCCACUACGCUCCGAAGAUUUUGUCUCCCCACGAGGAUACCGAGGCGGAAAAGAAGACAGAGAAUCAACCCGAGAGCACACUUUUUGUUUCCGAUCGGAGAAAGAGCUUACUUGCUCUCCUAGAACAAUGUAUCGGAAACCUGGCGACCCAUAUCUACUAUGGUGACCAGGUGGCAGACAUGACCAGAGCUAUUCUUCGACGCUUCAAACCAAGUGUCAACCAGGAUAGUGCUGCACCUUCUACUUUGGCUACUGUGCAUGAAUCUACCGCAUCCCCUGUGGCACCCACGCAAUCUGUGUCUGAGGCUAAUGGAGACAAGGCCCAUGGAGAGACAUAUUCGCAUGCUGCUGCGAAGGUGACUGCUCUGAGAGCCGUCAAGGCCAUCUUUGUUGUAGCAAACUCGAAGAAAUCUUCCUCCGAGUCUGAAACAAGAAAUGUAGUUGGCAUUCAUGUCUGGGAAGGAACACAGCUUCUUCUCCGAGAUGGUGACCGUGAUGUUCGCUACGCAUAUGCUGAGGCAUUGUUGUCCUGGCUUCGCCUCGAAACCAACAAAGAUGACCUCAAGGUGCGAAAUGACGCGCCGAAAUACGUCAAACCCGCCUCGAAGCGUGAGCCGGAGCACACGGACAAACUAAACCGACGAAGCACCUCGGCUCCAGGUAAUCAAAGAGAAAUGGUUUCUCUGGCCGCACAGUCUAUCUUUCUUCGACUUUUGCACCUGGCUAUCUAUGAUUCUGCCCUUGAGGCGGCAUCUGCUGAGUCUGAAAUUCUUCUACUGCACCUUCUCUUGGUAAGCCUUGUCGAGAAUCUAGGCGUAAACGCGGUUCAGUUCGGUCUUCCUAUGGUCUUGAAGCUUCAAGAUGAACUUUUUACUUCUGUUGACUUGGGCUCCUCCAAUGCCCGUGUUAAUGUUGCAAGUCUUGUCCACGGAUACCUCUUAGCUGUGUCGGAGAAGUUCGAGCUUGGAUCCUCUCACGCUGGCGUCGAAAUCCGUAAUGAGGUUGAAAGGAGGCAGAGCAAGAGACAGUGGCUAUCUCACGUUCGGUUACCGCCACUUGUUGUCCACGAUCUCAUUGCCGAUAUUGAAAAAUCCGCUGAAUACGAGUCUGUCUCGUCCGAUAGCUUGACGCCUUUCCGAAAUGUCGAGGGUCUUGUUAGUGAGAUUGACGAAUCCUACCGCAAAAGUAUCUCCUCGCCCCCACAGAGUCCCCCAACUUCUCCAGCUCGUGGCUUCAACUUCCCCGUGUUGAGCCAGCCCCCGACCUCCCAGCCACAAUUGGACAGUGGUCUUCCCUCCCCAGCUAAAGAGCAUAUGCUGUCUUCCUGGUCUCGAGAGUCAUGCUUAGCUGCCGUUGAGAAAGAAAGUGCUAGAACGCUCUCUCUCAGUGGGUCUCGCGGUGGCACUAUGUCUCGCAACAACAACACAAACAGCAAUGCAAACGGUUCCCCUGCUGGCUCUGCUACGCAAAAGAAUCGCCGAAUGAGUGUUCACGAGGUCAUACGAACACCAGAAUACAGCUCUAGCAGCAGAGGGUCCCCAGUGCGUGUGACCGAGCUGCGCCGCGUGCUCUCAGUGAACAACGAUAGUCAACAACGGAAGCUCAGCCCACUCAGAGGUCACGUUGAUUUAUCGAAUGUCAGCGUGGUUUCCUCCAGCAGUGAAAGCAUGAUCAGUGACCACUUUCCCGCAUCCGAAAUGGACCCAGACUCUUCAUCGAUCCACCAGCAAGAUAGCAACCAUAAUGGAGACGGAUCGGAAACACCUCGCCCAGCCUCAUACAUUGCUCUUACGGGUGAUAGAACAACGGUCGAACAAUCCAAUGGUCUCGGCCGUGUGAAUUCCGAGGAAAUCCCACCCGUCCCACCUAUCCCUGCAAACCUAUCUAUCCCAGGUACUUUCCCCAAUGACUCUCAACGAUCAUUGCUCAUCGAGCGUCCAUCCACUGCUCCAGACUCGCGUCAGAGCAAUGGCGAUCAAAACCAGAUGCACGCGCGCAACAAAUCUCUAAACCGCAACAAGAGCCGGAGUAGCAACAGUCUCGCUGCGGGUACAUCUGGUGCUUACCACGACGCAAAUGGCGACUCCGCCUUGGACAAUAGUCAACGAGACCAACUUAAACAGCUCCUAGAUGGAUUCCUGGCACCAGAGAACAGUCUAUUGACCAAUGGAGACCGUCCGUCAACAGCAACCAAAACACCACUGAAUAGAAGCUAUUCUAGCAGACGACAUGUCAGCGGUGGUGGCAUUGGACGUCCCCCCUACUGA